CAGAGGACAGCCCCUUAAACGACUCAAUGAGUAGGCAGGGAACAGGAGACUGUUGGCUGGGUGUAAGAGAGAGGUGAAGAGAGGUGGAAGGAGGUUUGGUAGAGGGUUAGUUGGUAGCACAGAGGGGUAAGUUUCAAGAACCAGCAAGUGGCUUUUUUUUUUUAAAGUUAAUAAUUGGUUGCUUUUGAAUGUAACUGAAGAGUGUGUGGUGUUUAAUUUAAUCUAAAUUGACAGCAGAAGCCAUCUCUAGAUCAAACUUGGUUGACUUGUAUUGCUCUGCUUGUAGCCUAAUAAGACAUAACUUUUAAGUACUGUAUCUACUCCUCUGUGCUGCUUUUGCUUGUCAGCUGCGUAGUCUGAGAGGGUAUCAGGAUCUGUUGUGUCCGUCUUUUUCAGCAGGACUUUACAUUCCCACUGUGGUUAAGACUGGAGUUGUUCUAACUUUUCAUCAUGAGGAGCCUGUAUGUAUCUGUAGUUCUGCUGCAUCUCAUUGGGGCUUGUUUAUGCCAAUUUCCUCGUCCAUGUGCCAACUCAGAGGGACUACGGACCAAAGAGUGUUGUCCAGUGUGGGAUGGUGACGGCUCACCCUGCGGCGCCCUAUCAGGUCGGGGUUUUUGCACUGAAGUCGAGGUUUCAGAUGAGCCCCAUGGGCCCCAGUACCCACACAGUGGCAUAGAUGACAGAGAGCGUUGGCCUUUAGCUUUCUUCAACCGGACGUGUCGCUGUGCUGGAAACUAUGGAGGCUUUAACUGUGGUGAAUGCAGGUUUGGUUACUGGGGUUCAAACUGUGCUGAGUACAGGGAGUCAGUGCGCAGGAACAUCCUGACCAUGUCAGUUGCUGACCAACACAAGUUUAUCUCUUACCUGAACCUGGCCAAGAACACCAUCAGCCGUGACUACGUCAUCUCCACAGCAACAAGAGCAGAGAUGGGUGAAAACGGUGAGAACCCAAUGUUCUCUGACAUCAACACCUAUGACCUGUUUGUCUGGAUGCACUACUAUGUGUCCCGGGAUGCCUUCUUGGGAGGACCAGGGAAUGUAUGGAGAGACAUCGACUUUGCCCAUGAAUCUGCAGCAUUUCUACCAUGGCACAGAGUCUACCUGCUUCACUGGGAGAAUGAGAUAAGGAAGAUGACGGGAGAUUUCAACUUCACCAUCCCAUACUGGGACUGGAGAGAUGCCCAAUCCUGUGAGGUGUGCACCGAUGCUCUGAUGGGUGGACGCAACUCCUUGAAUCCUAACCUCCUCAGCCCUGGUUCAGUCUUCUCCUCAUGGAAGGUUAUCUGCACCCAGCCAGAGGAGUACAACAGCCGAGAGGCAUUGUGUAACGCUACCGGGGAAGGUCCACUGUUGCGUAACCCCGGCAAUCAUGAUCCAAACCGCGUGCCACGAAUCCCCACAACAGCUGAUGUGGAGUUGAUUCUGUCCCUCCCCGACUACGAGACUGAACCCAUGGAUCGAUUCGCCAACAGGAGCUUUAGAAACGCCAUAGAGGGUUUUACCAGUCCAGAGACAGGUAUGGCAGUGCAAGGCCAGAGCACCAUGCACAAUGCCUUGCAUGUCUUCAUGAACGGCUCCAUGUCCUCAGUGCAGGGUUCAGCCAACGACCCCAUAUUCCUGCUGCACCAUGCUUUCAUUGACAGUAUCUAUGAGCGCUGGCUCAGAACCCACCAGCCUCUCCGGAGCAGCUAUCCACGUGCCAAUGCCCCAAUUGGCCACAAUGAUGGUUACUACAUGGUGCCCUUCCUCCCUCUCCAUAGAAACGGAGACUACUUCCUGUCCAAUAAGGCUCUAGGAUUUGAGUAUGCCUACCUGUUGGAUCCUGGCCAGAGGUUUGUUCAGGAGUUCCUGACGCCCUACCUCCAGCAGGCCGAGGAGAUCUGGCAGUGGCUCCUGGGAGCCGGGAUCCUCGGGGCGCUGAUCGCCACAAUCAUCGCUGCACUGGUUGUUACUGCAAGAAGGAAAUGGAAGCGUAAUCAGAGGAGGAAGAGGGUGUCAAGCUAUGGAGAGAGGCAGCCACUACUGCAAAGCAGCUCAGAGGAAGGCUCAUCAUAUCAGACGACUCUGUAACACACACAGAUACUGGACAUACAUCUGUAUAUGAAUGAACAAACUAUUAGAGAUGCUGUCAUGAAGCAAUUGAACGAAAUCAAUCCCGGUACUUAUUUAUAUAUUAUAUUUGUUAUUGAUGUGCUGUGAUAAAUCUAUUUAAGCUUUAAAAUAAUAGAUGAGUCAGUAAAGCAUCGUCAAAAAAUCAGUUCACCCAAACCACAAAGAACAUGUUUUUCUGUCAUGGUAUCUAGCAGAUAGUGUGUGUGUUAUUGUCUUUGCUUUUGAGAUACUUAAGGCUUAGACAACACACUGGAGGUGAAGUGAGUUUUAGCAAUAAAAAACUGGUGAACUGACACUUUAAGAUCUUCAAAAAGAGAUUAUGGGAAAAAGAGCAGGAACCCAACAACAGUGUCCCUAAUAUUUUAGACAUUCAAUAGAUGCAGGAAAUAUUUUUGUGUAACACAAACUGGCAGGUUUUUGUUCAUUAUCACAAUGUAACACAUUGUUAAAAUGAAAAUGUAAAGAUGUAUACCUGACACUUGAACUGUGACUUGUUUCAUGUGAAAGUGCUCACCUUGGAGUACAUUCACUCUCUAGUUACACAAGCUACACAGAAGUCAAUUGUGUUUGAAUCAGCAAAAUUCCUGAAUUGUAAAAAUGUAAAAACGUCUCCAUUGGCAACUUUUUCUUGAUUUUCCUCACCUGAAACACAGAUGCAUAUUACAUAAUUUAUUAUUUAAUUGUAAAACAUUCUAGCUGUAUUGACUCCUCAGGUUGUAAAAGAUGUUACACAGACAUUAUUUGGCCCCUCAUACUGAAUAAAUCAAUGUGUAUAUGUAAACCUUAGAAUAUCCAGGUAUGGCCAUUUACAGAUUUCCCUAAUUUUAAACAGAUACAUGUGUUUUUGAGAGUGAAUCCCGUCUUACAGAUGUGAAAUCACUGACCACAUCCUCUUGUGUGUUAUCACUGGUGCACCACAGUGUGAUGUUAUAAUGCCUGUGAGCCUUCACAAGCAACGAAAAUGUAGCCGGUAUCAUGACAACAAAGAUGAAUCAUGAGUUUAAACGCUGCAUUAAAACCAGAUUAAAAAAUU